GGGGCGGAGAAUGGCGUGGCGCGGCUGCUGCUGCUCCAGCCUGGGUCACCUGAACGAGGAUAACGCCCGCUUCCUGCUGCUGGCCGCGCUCAUCAUCCUGUACAUGCUGUGCGGGGCCGCCGUGUUCUCGGCCAUCGAGCUGCCUACCGAGAGGGAAGCCAAGGAGAAGUGGGAGGAGAGGUUCGUGAACUUCAGCCAGAGGCACAACCUGAGCCGGGCAGAGCUGCAAGACUUCCUCCGGGAGUACCAAGAGGCCAGUGUGGCCGGGAUCCGGGUCGAUGACAUCAGACCUCGAUGGGAUUUUACCGGGGCCUUUUAUUUUGUGGGGACUGUGGUUUCAACAAUAGGGUUCGGCAUGACCACCCCAGCCACCGUUGGAGGAAAAAUUUUUCUGAUAUUUUAUGGCCUUAUAGGAUGUGCAGGGACCAUUUUAUUCUUUAACCUGUUCUUGGAGCGCUUGAUCACGGUCAUAGCCUACAUCAUGAAAUCCUGCCAUGAGAGACAGCUGAGGAGAAAAGGGGUCCUCCCUCAUGACAGCCGGCGAGGCUCAGGGAACUCUGAGGUGGACAGCUUGGCAGGGUGGAAGCCAUCCGUGUACUAUGUCAUGCUCAUUUUAUGUGUAGCAUCACUUAUCAUUUCCUGUUGUGCCUCUGCAAUGUACACACCAAUUGAAGGGUGGAGUUACUUUGACUCACUUUACUUUUGCUUCGUGGCCUUCAGCACUAUUGGUUUUGGUGACCUGGUCAGUAGCCAAAAUGCCCAGUAUGGAAGCCAAGGCCUUUACCGAUUUGGCAACUUUGUCUUCAUACUCAUGGGGGUUUGCUGUAUCUAUUCCUUAUUUAAUGUGAUCUCGAUUGUUAUCAAACAGUCCAUAAACUGGAUAUUAAAGAAGCUGGAUUGCAGGUGCUGCCCCAGAUGCCAAAGAAAAUUCUUUAGGUCACGGAGGAAUGUUGUGAUGCCAGGGAACGUGCGGAGCCGGCGGAACAUUUCCAUUGAGACUGAUGGCGUCAAUGAGAGCGACACAGAUGGACGCCGACUGUCUGGCGAGAUGAUCUCCAUGAAAGAUUUCUUAGCCUCCAACAAAGUGUCACUGGCCAUCAUGCAGAAACAGCUGUCAGAAACUGCCAAUGGCUACCCAAGGCAGUUGAACUCUAGUUCUAAACAUAAUGGAUUCUCUGGCGGGGUAGGAGCCCUAGCAAUUAUGAAUAACAGGCUGGCAGAGACAAGCGUGGAUAGGUAAAAAAAAAUCAGAAUGAUGGGAAACGCAUCAACAAGUAUAGAAGUAACUAGGGAAUGAAUAUCAUCAGAGAAGCAGAGCUAAAUGAGCAGAACACCUUUUGUUAGAAGGUCUCUCACUUUUGGGAGAGGGGCUGUCAGUUAAUAUCUGUUGUUCUUUGCACUACUCAGAUCUCUAUCUUCCUUUCUUCCCUUCCAUUUGCUCCCUAAACAGGUCACUGAAGGAUAAAUUUCAAACUAAAUAUAAUGUAGCCCCAACACCAAUUUUUUAUGGCCUGUUGUUCCUGUAUUUAUGUUAAGUUCAGUUUCAGGAAUAAGGAAUUGAUGGCCUUGGGAAAAAUCACCUUUCACAACACUGGACUGAAAUUUGUAUUGAACUGAUAUUUAGUUCAAAGUUGGUAUUGGGAUUUUUGUUUGUUUGUUUUUUGUACCAUUCUUUUUAGACCUGGUUUCUGAAUGUAGCCUAUCUGAAACCAAAAGAGGAACCAUUAUAAGCCUUUCUCUGCACCAUCUAUACUCUUUCACUCCUGAUUUAAGUGAGUGAAAAUCAAAUAAUUUCUCUCUAAAUCUAACUUCUCAAAACAGAUUCCAGAUUUUCAAAACAGCUUUUUCAGUAAAGCCAGAUUCUGCUGUCAGAUACAGUGGUAUAAAUCUGGAGUAAUUUCAUCAGGGUCAGUAGAAUUACUCUGCUGUUACACUGGUGUAACUAAGAGCAGAAGUUGGUCCUGAGAAUGUAAUUUAGUCUUCCGCUUAGAAGGACAUUGUCAAAAAUGGUAGAGUCAAAAUUAGACCUACUUUUGCUUUCUUAUGUGCAUUUGCAAAGUACAUUUAAUACUUGCUAAGUUUACUUUUCCUCUCAAAAUUGAAUCAAUGAAAUUUUCUUUAGAAAAAAUAUUAAAUAUGGAUAGACAGAUCUCAUGAGCAACCCUACAGUAACAAACAGGGACUGUUUCUAACACUGUGUGUACAGUGCCCCCUCCUGAUUGCAGUCAAUGAGCACUGACAUAACAUGAACAUUUAAUAAGAAUGUUUACACAAUGAACAGGUUUCAUUGCAGAAACAGAUUGCAACUUCAACAUUCCAAGGCAUUAGUACAAGUAACCAUUAGCACAAGAAAUGUAAGAAAUUAUGAAAAACACUUUUGAGAGUGUCCUUUUUUAACAUUUGUAUAAGUAUGAUACUCUUCCUGUUUUCUGGAGUUGAUAAUGAUAGGGUUUUGAUUAAGAAAAUGGAAAAUUUAUAACUCACCAUUUUGCUAAAUGAAAGGAUCUGAGUGCUCAUUAUGAACUGGCUGAAGACCUAAAUGAGAACUGUAUUAAUGGUCAGAAAAACAUGGAAACAGGAAAUUAGAUAAGUUAAUGGAUAUAGGGUGGCAUUUUGCAUUAGGCAACAGUAGAAAUAAGGGAUUAAAUUUAAAGGAGAUUGCUAAGUAAAAAAUUCUAAGCCAAAUUCUGCUUCCUGUACAUCCAUGCUAUUAAAAUCAGUGAGGGUAUGUGGAAGUAAAUGAGCAGAAUUUGGUGACAUAGGGCCUGUUCUAGUGUCUACUGAAGUCAAGGUAAUUGGAUAUAGGCUCAUAGAGUUAAACAAAGUCUUACUUGCGGUACCCAUAAUACCAUUUAGAUUAUUACAAUUUAAAGACAUUUUAAAUAUCUAAUAUACUUUUCACCAUUUAUGCAAUUUCUUUUUUUCAUUUCGUUUAUGUGGAACAAUGUAGGUGGACUGGUCUGCUUCAUUUGUGUUAGGAAUCCCUUUCAUGCUCUGGUUCUUCUCCCUCGCCAAUUGCUCUUAUGUCUGGAUUCAUAACACUGCUGGGGAAUACUUACAUACUUUAAAUAUAAAUUGAAUUUAAAAAUAUUAUGAUGACAUCUCAUAUAGGGUUUUGUAAUUCAACACUUUAAAAACAAAACCAACAUGUUGGUCCUAUGCUAUUGCACAUCACCACUGUUUAUUUAACAAUUACAUUGUAAAGAAUAGUAAGCUGUUUGUAGGAUUCCACAGCUAAAGAAUCCAAAUCCUAACC